AUGGUUGUUAGAUCCUGAAACAGCAGCUGUUGGGUAAGUAAAUAGCGUAUGUGAAUGUUUUGUAGAAAAUACGACGCAAAUUUAGUUUGGUGGAAUAGAAGUGUAACAUAUUGUUUUAAAGUUCAUUUCGCUUUACAAAUAUAUUAAUGACGGUGGUUAUACGGGCAUUGGAGACUUAUAUUGAGCACAUUUAACGAAGUAUUGAAAGACCGUUAAGUGUUCGUCCAUUAACCUAUUUCUGUAGAAGGAUUGGUUUAGAACAAUAAUAUAAUGGCAAAAUUAUCAGAGGGCCAAAUGAAUGUAGCAGCCCUGAAAAGGGUUGAUCCAUAUGUCAGGGAAAUUUUAGCAACCGCUACCCACGUUGCUCUAUACAAUUUCAGCGCAGAAGACAACGAAUGGGAGAAAACUGACGUUGAAGGUGCUUUAUUUGUGUAUAAACGUAGUGGAGAACCUUUUAACAGCAUACUUAUUAUGAACAGACUGAAUACCAAAAACUUAAUAGAGCCAGUUACGAUUGGUCUUGAGCUACAGUUGAAAGAACCUUUCUUGCUGUACCGUAAUGUGAAAGGUCAAAUUUUUGGUGUGUGGUUUUACGACAAAGAUGAAUGUGUCCGAAUAUCGUCAAUAUUGAACAAAUUAGCGGCGGAAUGCUCCUUGCUUAAGAAACUUCCGAAUGAAAUGGUUCAGGUAGCUUGCAGACCAGAAUUCAAAGCGAAACCCAAUGUUGACAUAUUUAGCUUGCUAAGUAAGGCUAAAGAGAAUUAUAACAGUCACAAACAAGCAGGAACAGUGGUUCCAAAAUUAGACGUGGAAAGCAUCCAGCAAAUGCCGCAAGGCGUGGUUGAUUUCUUCGUGAAAGCCAGCAGGCCGAACGGCAGCUCGCAGCUGGCAGCGGAGAAGGUAGGCGACGUGUUCCUGAGCCACCACGUCCAGAAGAACGGCCACGCGAUCGCGGGUCUGGACGUCACGAAGGAAGCCAGCCGCGGGGAGAACCUGAAGCCACUGCUCCAGCGCCUCAUGUCGAACCCUGCCCACAGCGUGGAGCACAUCGAGAAGCAGCAGCGUUCCGUCACUCCGCAGUUCGAGAGUAGCGGCACGGCCAAGAAGGCAGCCGGCAAGGACUUCCUCAAGCACGGGGGCAGCGUAAACAAGUGCAACUUCUUCUCCGAAGAAAGUGGCUCCAAGUUGAACACCACGGGGCCGACUCCCGGGACCGCUCCGGAGCAGCUGACUCCCGGUGUUCACGCCAGCCAGGACGUCCUGGAGGCGGAGGAGGGCGGGGACUUGCUGCGGGGGGCUUCGCCCCUGGCGGACUCCCUCGCGGCGGAGUACGGGGACCAGCGCUCGCUGUCGGCGCCCCUGUGCGGGUCCUGGGAGACCCCGCAGACGCCGGCCCUCAUGCCCCCCACCAUGUUCACCUCGACGCCCUCGCAGGUGGGCGCGGUGCCCGUGACCCCGUCCCAGCUGGUGUCCCUGGAGGAGGGGCAGCUGGCGGACGUGAGGCCCGAGCCGCUCACCAAGAGGCAGCUGCUGCAGGCGACCUCGUACCUGCUGAAGCACGACCCCGACUUCAUCAACAAGCUCCACGAAGCCUACGUCAAGUCCUUCUCCGAACUGGUGUCGUAGGACCCCGACGGCAGUUACAAUGCUUACAGCAACUACAGUAUGGAAGGAGAUACGGCUGUGCUCCUCGCAGAAUAGAGUUCCAAGCCAGUACUGCUGAUGUCGUCAACUUGGUCAGCGCAAGACUGAAAAUGAUUGAAGGUGUGUCGUGAUGAAUCACGUGACGUUUUUACGUCUCCGUCAUCAUAAAGGGUUUUUAGCUUGAAACGUAUACUUAAGUUAGUUUAACAAUUUUUCGAGUAAGUUUGUUAUGUUUUUUUAUUUGGUAUCAGUGGCGAUCCAGGUGCUUACGAGAACAAGGAUUGUAGGGGUCAUUUACCCCACAAGGCACACCUCUCUCCGUUCCUUGAUUCACCACUGAGACGAAUAGAAUAUAGUUGAGUGUGUCAGCAACUGAUCGUUUGUUAUUAUGUGUUUUUUUAGUUACUCAUAUUUGGCUUUAUUGGAUUCAAGUAAUUCUGUUUAUUUCCGUCAAAAAAAAAUAGGUAACCCAAAUGUGCAUAGUCUUGGAGAGGAAUGUUGUGUAGGAAAAUGUUUGCAGCUUGCAGUGUACCUACAUUAUUAUUAUUUUAUUUGAUAGGAGAUAGCCUGCAGUUCGUGAAAUAAAAAUUAGUUUUUAUUGUGUGACUAUAAAUCGAUUAAACAUAAUCACUAGUCACCUGUGAAUUUUUUUAUUAGAACUAGAAUUGUCUCUCAUGAGGGUUGAAGUUGGGUUUGAACAGAAACAAAAAAAGAAAUGAUGAUGCCAUUUGGCUACUAAAAUAAUUUGGUUGCUAAAUUGUUUUCUUAUUUACUAAGUGCUAACUUUGUUAAAGUUCAUGAUAUUUGCAAUGUCUGACGAUCUUCUACACUAAAAAAUGGGGUAGAAUAAACUUAUUUUUGGGGUUGCUUUAAAAUAGGGUAAGUCAUUUUCAGCUCAUACCAAGACCAUUAAACUCAGAAUUGAAAUGUUUUUGUGACCAGUUGAAUGAAUCAGCUGAAUUUAUUGGAAAACUUGUGUUCGUAUUUUUUGUACCUGUUGAGUUGGUAUACAGAAAGUAUGAGUAGCAUUACUAUGCAUGUCCUGAUUGGAUUUGAUAUUGUGUAUUAUAUACAUGUACAUUUUGUAUAAAGCAUGAUUUUUUUAUGUUUAUAGAAAUGUACAUAUUUUGCUGUGGCUUAUAUUUUUCCAGUUAGCAUUUAAGCUACUGUUUUUCCUAAGUUUGAAGAGUCGUGUUCAGAAGUAGAGUUAUUAUCUGGAAAUGUAAAAUUGUACAUUUCUCAAAUUGAAUAUUGUACCUUCGUGUUGCAAGACGAAGAAGUAAUUUAGAAUAUGUUGAUUAAAAUUUUGUAAAUAAUAUUUAUGACAACUUAAAACCUUUUAAAGCAGUCUUGUGAUAAUUAGAGUAGAAAAUAUUGUUUUCUAAAACUAUGUUUGGUUUGUGAAUGACAAACGUUUUAAAUUGUGCGUGAUUGUGUAUGUGAGAAGUGUAUGUCUGUAUUUUUAUGUUUUAAGAAAUUAAAUUAGUCUGUAAAUUUUCAUGUAAUCACUUUUUUUAUGUAAGAAGCUUUGCUGAAUUACUAGUGAUAGUGAGUUGUUGUAUGAACAAAGUUUUGUGUUAAUAGGCUUUUGCAUAAGUUAGUAUUUUGAGAGGAGAAGUUUAUUUUUUUGUGUGUCAUACAUACAGUAGUUCUUCAACAACACUGUCGGUAGAAAUAUUGCAGUGGAAUUUUUCAUUAUGUUCAAUCAGCUAUGGUUGGAACUAGCUCAGUGGUUUAGAUUAAAAAAAGAUUCUGGUAAUUGGUUGGUGAGUCAGGGCAGUUGUAAUAGAAAUGGGAUCAACAUACCAUGUUCUUGGGCACGUAACCCUAGCUUUAAGAAUAGAAUUGCAUACAAAAGUUGUAACGUUUAUCAGUAAACUGUUCUGGGUUAAAGUAAUUACUUAGCGACAUUACUUUUUGUCACGAUUAGUGAUGACAAAAAUUUAUGAGAAUAAUCCUAUUGCAUGAAUACCUUGUGCUGAUUAAUUUCUGCUGUAUUUAUCUUGUUAUUGGUCUUCAUCGUUGAGCAAUUAUUUAAUUUCAUAAGGCUUGUAAAAAUCUAGCUGUUGUGUGAGUGACAGCUUUUGUGACUGGGCCUCGCAGAAUUGCUAGGCCAUGUAUAGUCAUGCGAGUAAGAAGAAUAUAGCAGUGCAUUUGCAACAGUAGUGCAUGCAGUGCGUCGGUUUUUAUUUGGACUAACAAUAUGUACGAUAAAAAAUUUCUUCAAAUCAUCACAGGAAUGAACUUUUUUAAGGACUGUAUUUAAGUUCAGGGAACUCUGUAACUGUCAGUUAAUUUUUUUUGUUGUAAAACAUGAUUAUUAUUAUUAGGUUUUUAAUUCGUAAAAUAAUAACUGGAAUCCCGGAAACUAGGCAAAUGCGUUUGGUCACCAGUUAGACUGCAAACUUCUAUACCUCAGCAUUGCGUUGAUGACAGGUUCACGGUAGUUCCGCCACUCCCCUCCACGACUGAGAGCCAAUCAGCUACCAGUUAGCAGUAGAGAGACCGAAUUCUUUGGACACACCCAAAAGAAGAGGUACUAGAGUAAUAAAUCAGCCUUAGGAAAGCAAUUGUGGGAAUAUCCAUAGCGAUGUUAAUUUUAACCUGUCACCAAAUGAAUCCAGGAAUUUUCUGGGUCUCUAAUUUUAACAUAGUUUGACGGUUAAUAGACUUUUUGUUAACACCUACCUAUAAACAGACAUUUUCACGUAAUUAACUUUCUGUCGGCCCGUUUGACUUGUCUCCAGUUGUCUAAGACGUAACCUUAUUACUAGAGACCUGAAAAAUUUGCGGGUUCAUUUUGUUUUUUGCUAAAAUUCAAAUACCUUAUACCUUAGUGCUGCUUGUGCAAUUGGUUUACUGUUAAUCUGGAGGACUGAGGGCCAAUUAGAUACCCUCACUCAUAGAAGUGUCGAAUCACAGGCCACCCAGUCGAGACGUUUCACAAGUCAGCAGCCAAUGAAUAGUUGGCCUUUUCCCGAGUGUCUAGAGGGUAUUGGAGUCUAUCCUGGAGGUCAUUGAACCCACAAUUUUUUCCGGUCUCUACUUAUUACAAUGCAAUUUGCUGGGGAAAGCCAUGCAGUUGGCUGUGUAAGGAUGUAGUAAGUCGUUCACCAACAAAAACUACUGAUCGUAGAGUUAGCUCCAGAAUUUAUUCGGUGUUGUAGAAUUGUGUUCUGCACCCAUAAUUAUGCUUUAAGGAGAGGGUGCACAGUUUUGAUUGGUUUUUAUUUGUUCUUUGUUCCGUAAACUAGUUGAGCACUUCAAGGGAUUUGGCCCAGCGACAUUUUGAAUUUUAAACUUGUGUGCACCCCAUUUUACUUUUUCCCAAAUCACCUUUGGAGCUCAACAUUUCACAGUAUCGGUGCACAUUCAACAUUCUUGUGUGUUUUUUUUUCUUUUUAAAUGUUUUAUGAUGUUAAACGUGUAGGUUAUAGUGUUGAACUAAAAAAGUUUUUAAAUUUGUGCCUAGUGGCUUUAAUGUGGUAUCCAGAUAAAUUUAAAACUUGGGCGGAGAGAAUGUAUUCAGCUGGAUAAUAUUUAGUGUAAACCUUUUUAGAACUAUUCAAAGUAUCCUUUAUGAAUGUUGCAAAAUGCUGGAAAGUUGGGAAAGAAAGUUUCCACCUCUUGAAUAAUUAAUGGGACCUCCAGAAAGUAAUGUAAAAUGGAAAUAUAAUAAACAUGUAAAGACUGUGAAACUGGUGUUCAUUACCUCGUGCCAUACUCUUUAAAGUGGCUUUGCACAUCGUAUUUUAACAGCUUUUUGAUAUUCUACGCAUCCUGCCGUGAUAGACUUAUUUAAAAACUGUACAUGUUUUACGAACUCGUUGGAUGUUGAAUAUUUUAUGAAGAUUGGUUCAAAGACUUAAGAGAUUAAAUUUUGUAAUGCUUUUAAGAGUACUGUAUCCAAAAGAUAAUUAAUGGGUGUAUUUCUUUUAAGCAAUGUGUAGGAAAAUGUGAACUCAGAAACAGCUGCUGAAAAAUAUAUACUGCAGUAUAUCCCAGGAAUGUUUAUUUUUGUGGGCAUUUUUCUUUUAUAACUCAGUGUCAGGUAAUUGAACACUAUACAAGAAGGUUCUUUCAUGGUUUUAAUUUCAAUUUCUACACAACUUGUGCUGCAGUGAUAGACUAUAUACAUCAGCAUAUGUAAUAAUUAAUUUUGAAGUAAAUUACUUGUAUUGUCUAAGUGUGCAUUAUUACCUUACAUACAUUACAGCUUUCUCUGUAACAUAGAUACUAUUUUAUGAUACACUUAAAUUGUUGUUUUUACCUUGAUUCUCAACUGUGGUCAAAACCGAAAUGUCAGAAUUUCUAUAUUUCUACAUGCGUUAAAUUGUCAAGGGUGGCAUAAGAUUAAAUUUUGUUGCUGUUAUAAUGUCUUUGCUUUCUUAAUCGCAAUGCAAAAUAAAAUCUUGUCUGGGAUAUACAGUUUUAAACAUUUAGCCAUGUUUAUGCAUUUUUUUUUUUGAUUUGUGGUAAGAUCUCAUUUUUUUGAUAAGAUUUUUUUUGUGUGGACUUCGAAGAAAAAUUUUUUGUUAUUGGUAAAAGUAUGGAUUCAGUCUGCAUACAUAAUGUUAGUGUAGUUGUGAUACUGCGUACCUUCAUAACUGAAUAGAAUCCAUUCUGUCAUUUGGAAAACAUUUAUGAAACUCAUUACAAUUUCUUGUUUUGUUUUUGGAACUGUAAGUUGUUAACUUCCAGGUGUGGAUUUUAUUUCCUUAAAAUAAAAACUUUUAGACAAGAUUGUACCUAGGAUGAUUAUUUGAAAUCCCAUGCGACACUUCAUAACUUUUGAAGUAUGUAUGGACUUUUGUAUAUAGUUAAAUUGUUUAAGUUGAAAUUAUUUUACAUUCAAGCAAAUAUUGUAACAUGACAAAAUGGGAAACUGGUAAAGAAAACACGAUACAAGUAAUGUCAGCAAACCUGCCACAAUGGAGUGAAAAAUAGCUAAAAAGCAAUCAGUAACGUCUAACGCGCUUCGCCAAUGCUAAUUGGCCCAAGUUUCCAAUAUUGUCGUAUUAAGAUAUUUGAUUCAAGUAAUUUUUUGUCAUAAUCACUAAUUUUUAUUUGCGAUUUGUUUUUUCAUUUACUUUUAUGUUGUGCAACAACUAAGGAAAAUUAAUUUUUGUCCACUGCACUUGCAGCGUUGCAUAGAGUUAACAAGCCUGCCAACUCACAGACCCGGCAAUGUUAAAUGAUCUAAGGCACGAUUUAGCCACCUUUCGUAAAGCGGCUCUCAAACCAAAAAUGCAUUGUAUGUUGUGAAGAUAUUAGUGUUACCAUGUUAGAAAAAAGUACUAGAAAAUGGCAAGGUUACGUUUCUGAGCUUUUUUUAAUGUUGAAAUUUCGUAAACUCUCAAACACAAACCUGAGACAAUUUUUCCGUACUUUUUCUCACGUAGGGAUGUUUGUCUGUGUGCAAGUCGCAAAGCUGGUUCUGUUUGAAAGCAACGUUGGGGGAAGUCCCUGCCUUGCGCCCGGUACACUUGAACCAGCGUAACUGCCGCAGUGUGUGAACGGGUCUACAGGUUGAUACGACCGGGAAGCGGGAGAGUGAUAUUUUUUCCCUUACUAUAAAGAUGUUUGUUGUAAUUUUCUGGGUUGAAACUCAGGUUAUUAUUUAAUUAUGAGCCUUGUGUAUCGUCGCUUAAAUAAGCACCACCUAAGUGACAAUUUUUUUUUUUUGAGAAUUGAAUUUUUUUUUUGCUUCUCCAUGGAAACUUAUGCAUUUAGCUUCUUCUUGUGACGUUAUUGAUCACUUUCUACUAAUUAAAUAUGUAUAUAUAAAAUGAAAGCAACAUUUUGUAUUGUUAUGUUUGCAUUUGGCAAUCCUGAAAAAUUUUCUUUUGUCAUGUAGGUGGUGGUGUUUAUGUGACAAUGUGUAUUCUACAGUGUUAAUGAUCUCUCGGGAUUGAAAGUAUGGUGCAGAGGACUGCUGUCCUUUUGGCCUCCGAAGGGGCAUCAUUAUCUCGCAUGUAAUAAAUCCGCGGAGUGUAAGUUCUGGUGACUGUGACAAGUUUUCAUUUCAGUGCGGUGUUUCCUGUUUUCUAGGGGGUUGAAGUUCACAUUUUUAGCUUUGGUAUUUCCAGUUAAAACUGUAUCAGCGUUUAAUAAUCCAGCGGAAUUGCUAAUCCAGCAUGGCAGUGAAUCCGAACAUGCUGGAUAAAAGACCGUUCACAUUAUUCUGUAGUAAGGUACGUGAUUGGUGUGGAUACAGGAUGAGCUACUCUACAGGCAUGCUGAGACUUUUUUGACGGAUGCUUUAAUUGAAUAUUCUGACUGAUGGCUCAGUGUUACGAGGUAAUAAAAAAAAUAACAGCUAAUGAAGUAUCAACUUAUCAAGUAUCUAUAUCAAUUUUGUUAAUUUUAUAAAAAAUUUCCAACUGUAAAAGUUUAAACAUUUGUUGAAGCACGUGUCAAGAGGGUCUUACCUUUUAUUUUACACUGUGUACUUAACUAUAAUUUUUUUAAAAGAACUAAUAUUUGCAGAUUGGAAAGUCACAAGUGCUCUGGUGUCUAUCCAAGACUUUAUAAAGUCCUGGGCAUGAUCUGGCUAGUAAUUUUUUUUUGUUUCCUGUUGGCAGUAAGUAGUCUUGAAAGUGUUUGCAUGGUUCGUCCACCUGCAGGGUGUGGAUUCGUCAUUGGGCGAGAGUUUCCCAGGGUGUUAUGCUGUCCGGGUGGUGGAGUUACGAAAGCAGUGCAAGCAUGGACGUGGAACGUAUGUUUUCCCAUCAGGGUUCUAACUGAGGAUAAAGCAGUUGAGAAGCUAGAUUGUGUGUAUGUAUUUCAAUCACUUAAGUUUUUCUUUUUUAUAUUUUCCCGCUUAUCCCAAAAUUACUUCAGGAAAAGCCAAUGCAGGGUUAUGGGUUAUGUUUGCUUGAGAUAACUCCGUGAAAGUAAGUUAGUUGCCAAAUAAUUUCCAAAACAUAAAGUUUCUUAAAUUUAGCCAUUUCGUAAACAGUGCAAGCAUUUUUCUAAAGCUACUUUACAGUGUGUAUGUGUGUGUAAAAGUUCGUGAGGGUAUUCUUGUUAUUUUUUUUUUAAUUCUCCAGUGAUCACUCAUUAAUGGCAAUGUGUUGUCUUAUCAAGUGUCAAUCAUGAAUUUUUGAAGUACUGUACUACCAUACUGAAACUGAAUGUGUGCAUGUAUGUGUAAGUUUGUUCAUGUAUGUUAUGAAAAUCAGUGCAUAUUUUUGUUGAAUUUUUUUCUCUUUAAUUUUUUUUUUUUUUUUUCACCCCUAGAGGUUGUAGUUUUUUGUAGCAAUGAAUCUUAAAAUGUUUGUGAUUUUUGUUUUAAUAUCGAAUAGUGUAAGCCCUCAAAAUUGAACUUACAAUGUUUUGUGAUGUUUGUUUCAAUAUUGAAUUGAACUUACAAUGUUUUGUGAUGUUUGUUUCAAUAUUGAAUUGAAUAGUGUAAGCCCUAGAGUACCUUAAAGUAAUUAUAGAUGUAAUUUUUAGCUGUUAAUGUGUUUAGAUUAUUCUGUAAACUACCUUAUUCCAUUUGACUACUAAUUAAUUUAAAAUAAUUCUUUUUAUAACAUUGUGCAAAAUACAGACUUUAUUUUAUUUUUUUUAAAAUUUCGCAGCAUGAAGAUAGUUACAGGUACAGUUUUGCUUCUUCAUGUAGUGGUCUCAUACCACAUGUUUGUAAAGAUAGUUAAAAAAAAAUAGCCAUUGGUCAGUAGAUUAGUACCUGAAGCGAUAAUUGUUUACAAACAUUAAUUAUCUUGUUCCUUUAAACAACAAUUUUUCUGUAUUUUAUUAAUGGUAUUUAAUAGUUAUGUAUGUAACUGAACUAUUUGUUGAUUAGCUAUGCUUAAAAUUUUAUUAUGAUGCACUUUUAAAAUUUUUAUUCCAAACUUAUUCUUUACAGGUAAUUUCAAAAUAAACUAAUAUUAUAUAUUUAUGGUGCUAAAUGAAAAGUGUAUUUUAUCUUCUGUAAUAAAUUAAGUAUUUUAGAAAAAAAAAUGCAGUUUUGUUCAUGUAAGCAACACCAUGGCUUAUAAAUUGUAAAAUCGCUGAUAUGAUAAUGUUUUUCAUAUUUUAAUAGUUUAAUUAGUAUAUGAAGCGUUGAUGAUUAUGUAUAAUAAUGACUGAUUAGUCAUGUAGCACCCAAUGUUGCGAUCUAAUUGGUGGUUGCCAUAGUAUAAGUCAAGCAUUGGUGCUUUUAGAAACUGCUACCUUCUUUGUUAUCCUUGUGAAUCACGAUUGGCCUUACAGUAACUAUAAAAAUUUUUUCCAAAUGAUUUUUGUGUUGAAUUUAACUAUUACUUGCUUAUUACACAAGGAAAGCGAAUUAAUAACUGCCUUCUGUUAGCUUUAAGUGUACAUAAAAUUUUUUUUUAAUGCUUACUUAGUUGUCAGAAACAUUUAUUUGUUCUACAGGUAGAUGUAAAAUGGAAAUACGCUAUCAAAGUAUUGAUUAAUUUUUUUUUAAAUUUCUUUUAAAAAAAUAAGUAUGACAGUUUUUCUCCAAAUAAUAUUUGUCCGUGAUUUCAGUGAUUUUUAAAAAAAAAAAGUUUUUAAAUCUAAAGUGGACUGUUUACGGUGUAUAUCAGCCUCUAAUGAAUUGUACGUCCUUUCUUCUUGUAUCAGGGCCUUUUCCAUUGUACCAAGGUGAUUCAGGUUUGAUUCCCUGCGGGGUUGAACCCAUAUUUUUUGCAAGUGGUAAAUGUGUUGGAUGUAGUCAGGGGUAGAUAGGUUUCCUCAGGGUACUCCUUUUUCCCUCACUCAUUCACUCAAUCAUUGCUCCAUUCCCGCAUCACCACCCCCUCAUUGCCUCGGUGACGAGAGACCAGACCACUGGGGCUCAGUGUUUGGCGAGAUAAUGCUUUUGUGAGGUACAGGCACGUCUGAAAUUAAGUCCUUGGUAAGUCGUCAACCGGCACGGAAGGACCGCGCAAAACCAUUCUGGGAGAGCUUGUUCGUUCCACGAGCGGGAGCCCUUUUUCGUCACAUUCAAUCCAGACACUAAGCUGUUAUUCCAUUCCACACGAAUCAACACAUUAAAUAAAAUAAAGGUCUUCGUUUUCCAAAGAACUCGGCUAGCCAACCUUUUACCAGCAUUUUUCUUGGAAAACGAUUUAAGAAUAUUCGGCUAUCAAAUUUAAAAUGUUGAAAUAAGUUACGCGUCGUAAAAGUGCAUUCCUUUGUGGUGUAUACUUAAUUGUAUUUGAUUUUUUUCAAAACCGUGUUUUGAGUGCUUUAAUAUUUAAAAAAAAAGGUUCAGGAGGGGUUCGGUGAAUACAAUCAGGCGACAUCCACUGCUGGGGCCCACGAUACACGGAGACAUUGAAGAGGUCGCUAUGCAGGUAGUCCGACUGACAAGCGGUGUCAUGCCGUCCUUCUGUUUCUUUGUUACGUCAUUCUUCGGUUUUAACCUGCCGGAGGAAAAGGAAUCGACUCUCGUGAAGCUGUUUUGUAUCCACGUACAGCAUGGUUUAAGCAAUCACAUGGCAUAUUUUUAAAAUGGCAAUAUGUCGGUAGUUGUAGGCAAGGAGUGUGACGACGUUAACUUUAGGUGGUCGCCAAACAGCGUGCAGAUCUCUGGGUUUCAACGUUGUUUCAAACUGCUCAAGAUUCAUUGAAAGUGUCAGAUUAUGAAUAGCAUUUAAGAGCCAUUGUAUUUUUCCAUGCAAGUUUUUUUUUCAUGGUUUCUUCUACAACAUGUACAUUUAAAACAGUGAAAAAGGCUAAAAGGGGUGUUUUUACAGACCUUUUUAGGUAUGAAAAAUUCUAAUUACUGUAUUAUUGUAAAUGUAAUAGAUAGAGACAAGAUUUUCAGGCCAAUUUUGUUUUUAAAACUGGAGAUUUCAGUGUUACUGAUUUUUUUUUUUUUUUUUUGAAAUCCGUUAAUUAAAAAAAAUAUAUUACAGAACCAAUAUGAUACUUGAAUGUUCCAUUAUACGUUUUUCUCCUGAACAGUGACAUUUUGACUGAUACAUGACACACAUUUCAAAUGUAAUGAUUUGUAAUAAUAAUAUGUCUUUAACUUUUUGGAACAAAAUCUGUUAAGUAUUUCUGAGUUUGAAAAGUGUUCUAAGGUCAUAAGGUAAAAAUGAUUAGCUUAUAACAGUUGCAAGAUAAAAAAAAAAUAAUAAUCCUUUUCAAUUUUUUUUAUUAAAUUUGUGGUGCAGACAUCAUGCUAAAUAAAUUAUUUUCUUUGAAUUUAAUAUUUUAAAAGAUUAGAUGUUUGUCCUUAGAGUUAAGUUCUGAUUGAGAACGCUGAUUUUUUUAAAUUGCACUUCGGUGCUUUGUGAUUUAUUUAUUUUAAUUUCAGUGUUACAUGGUGUUUUGACAUGCUUUAUGCUGUUAUUUCGGUUUUUUUUUAUCACAAUUCACCUCAUACCCUUGUCCCUAGUAAUAGAGAAGUGCAGGAUCCCUAAUAUUCCAACAUACAUUGAUAGGGUCGCCUCUUAAAAUCCCGUAGAGGCACGUUACCGAUGAAAAGACUGGGCCAGUUCGAUUUUAUUGCUAUUUAAGAGUAUGAUAUGAUUAUCUAGUUAAUUGUGAUAAACUAUUAAAAUAAUGUCAUUAUACCAUUAUUUUUUAAACAUUGGUUAAUAAAACCCUCCAAUAUAAAACAAUAUUCAUGUAUGCUGAAAUUAAAAUUCAAUAUUGAACAAGUGAUGCUUAUAUUUUUUUAAUUAGUAAAAUAUUUCUUAAUUUUUCUAUGCUAGAACAUUGUUUUGUUGAUUUUGGAUGGUAUUUAUUUAAUGCAGCUGAAUGAUGCUUUCUUCGCAUGCCCUGUUUUGACUGACAAAUUGUGAACAUUGCAUGAUUAACAUAAAUAAAUAAAUUAUAGACAUACUAUCUUGUAUUACGUUAUUGAAAUUUUUGUUGCAGUAUCAAGUUGUGAAAGUGUUUUAAGUUAGUUAUUUUAUCCUUUUACAAGUGUGUGUUUGAGCAUGUAUUAUAAAUUAAUGCUAAAACAAGUCUUCAUUCACUCUUGCCUGUACCCAAGUACUAACAAAAAAAGAAAAAGAAACGAGAAGCAACACUGCUUACAGCUACAAGAACAAAAUAGCCUGUUGGUUAUUUCUUACUUGAAAAAUUUCAUAAACUGGCACAAAACUUAAACAUAACAUUUAAUUUCUUAUAAUAUUUAUAGUUUCUAGAUUUGUUUGUCAUUUUGCAACCCUAAAACACGGUUUUCACCAAAAAAAGUUCGUUCAAGAUAACACUUGAACCAGGUAAUAUGUACUAGACUCCGAGAGUCAAAGGAUUUGAUAAGACUGAAUGAAGUACAUAAUUAUCCAGCAGAAUUUUAGCUUUUUCAUGUUUGAUUUAAACCUGUGUGAUAGUACUGUUUCAAUUCCAAAUCUUGUAAUUUUUUUUUAAAAUUUAUGUUGAAAUUGUUCAUACUUCUGAUUUGUCCAAAUAAAUAUUUUUAGUACACAUUGUA